AAAAAAUUGAUAAUACACUCUUGGCUAAUACGACUACAAACAAAGAUGAACCUAUCGAUUUAGAAGAUGCGUUAUUUUUUGGAAUAGAACAAAGUAAAACUGUUUUUUUACCAGGAUUAUUUUUAAUCAUUGAAUAUGGUAUUGCUUUAUUUGGAUAUGAUACCGAUAUAGAUAACCUACAAAAUCUCAGAUUAACUAGUAGUACUGCAUUACAACAACUUAUUGAUGCUAUAAAAGCAAAUAACCCUGUUCCUUCUCAACCUAAUGAAUCUAUCAAAGAAAAGGAAAAGCUUGUAGAUUUGAAACCGGGUAGUAAUCUUUAUAAUUUGAUACAUGGAGAUAUACGUUUAAACAAGUAUAUGGUCUCAGAUUUGGAUGAGGAAAUUUGUGCUAGUGGAUCAAUAUUAAUUCAAAGAUUUAAAGAAAAAAUUUAUAAUGAAAAAAAUUAUAAUCAG